CGCGCACCGAACGGUGGCGGGACUCGGCCGCGUGCGCUUUCCCGCCCUCGCCACGCCCUGAGCCGUCGGCCAGGCUUUCCCCCAAGCUGUGGGCUCUCGCUCCUCGCGCUCCUCCUCCUCGGUUUCUCCCGGAGUCCAGGCCCCGCCCGUUUCCCUCCCCCAGGGCCGCCUCAGCCCGCUCCCGUCCUCUGCGCCUCUGCUACUUGUGCUGAAGGCGGAGGCUCCAUGUUGUCCCCUCAGCGAACGGCCGCGGUGGCAUCGAGAGGAGCAGGUGAUGCCAUGGAGAGUGGAAAACCUGGCCCAGUGCAGGUGGUUUUGGUUCACAAAGAGCAACAUUCCUUUGAGCUAGAAGAAAGAGCCUUGGCUAGCAUCCUCCUGCAGGACCACAUUCGAGACCUUGACGUGGUGGUAGUGUCAGUGGCUGGUGCCUUUCGAAAGGGCAAAUCCUUCAUUCUGGACUUCAUGCUGCGAUACUUAUAUUCUCAAAAGGAAGGUCGUUCAAAUUGGUUGGGUGACCAAGAAGAACCACUGAAAGGAUUUUCAUGGCGAGGAGGCUCUGACCCAGAAACCACUGGGAUUCAGAUUUGGAGUGACGUUUUCACUGUGGAGAAGCCAGGUGGUAAAAAGGUUGCAGUUGUUCUGAUGGAUACUCAGGGAGCAUUUGACAGCCAGUCAACUGUGAAAGAUUGUGCUACCAUCUUUGCUUUAAGCACCAUGACUAGUUCUGUUCAGAUUUACAAUUUGUCCCAGAACAUUCAGGAAGAUGAUCUUCAGCAGCUCCAGCUCUUCACAGAAUACGGACGUCUGGCAAUGGAUGAAAUUUUUCAAAAACCUUUCCAGACACUGAUGUUUUUGGUUCGAGAUUGGAGUUUCCCUUAUGAAUAUAACUAUGGACUGAAAGGAGGAAUGGCAUUUUUAGAUAAGCGUUUACAGGUGAAAGAACAUCAACAUGAAGAAAUUCAGAACGUUCGAAAUCAUAUUCACUCAUGUUUCUCCGAUGUCACCUGUUUUCUCUUACCACAUCCAGGGCUGCAGGUGGCCACAAGCCCUGAAUUUGAUGGGAAAUUGAAAGAUAUUGCUAGUGAAUUCAAAGAGCAGUUGCAGGCUCUGAUACCAUAUGUACUAAACCCAUCUAAGUUAAUGGAAAAGGAAAUCAAUGGUUCAAAAGUCACCUGCCGGGGACUGCUGGAAUAUUUUAAGGCAUAUAUAAAAAUUUACCAAGGAGAAGAUCUGCCUCACCCAAAAUCCAUGCUUCAGGCCACUGCUGAAGCCAACAAUUUGGCAGCUGCAGCCUCUGCCAAAGAUAUUUAUUACAACAACAUGGAGGAGGUUUGUGGGGGAGAGAAACCUUAUUUGUCUCCAGAUAUUUUAGAAGAGAAGCACCAAGAAUUCAAACAAGUUGCUCUGGACCACUUCAAGAAGACCAAAAAGAUGGGUGGGAAGGAUUUCAGCUUCCGUUACCAGCAGGAGCUGGAAGAGGAGAUCAAAGAACUGUAUGAGAACUUCUGCAAGCACAAUGGCAGCAAGAAUGUCUUCAGCACCUUCCGAACCCCCGCAGUUCUAUUCACAGGCAUAGCAGCAUUGUACAUAGCCUCAGGUUUUACUGGCUUCAUUGGGCUUGAGGUUGUGGCCCAGCUGUUCAACUGUAUGGUUGGACUGCUGUUGAUAGCACUCCUUACGUGGGGGUACAUCCGGUAUUCUGGUCAGUAUCGUGAGCUGGGUGGAGCUAUUGACUCCGGUGCAGCGUAUGUGUUAGAGCAGGCUUCUUGUCAUAUUGGUAAUUCUACUCAGGCUGCAGUAAGGGAUGCCGUCGUUGGAAGACCACCUGUUGAUAAAAAGGCACAAUAGCAUCUUAAUGGGAAGACCCAGAAAGAGCCAAGUCAGUCCCCGGAUUUCUGCUAAUGCCAUCAUGGAUGGGCCCAGUUCCAGAGGAAUGGCAGAUCUGAGACCAUCCUGGAAGAUCUGAGAUAGGGCACUGUAAUAAAAGAACUGACCUCUCCAAUGGUUUCCAAUUCCACUUGUCUUGGAAGCAGUUCUUUUUCUUGCUGUUACAGACCCAAGGCUACUCUUUUCUCUGUUCUAUGCUUUUGCACUUUAAGGGGUGGGGGUGGGGGCUAAAAGGAAAAUACAGAACUGCAGCUUUUAAGUCUUUGAUAUGCCACAUAGUGCCUUUUAAGAUCAGUCCAUGCCUCUGCUGCCGUGAAGACUGAGGAAUGGAGGACAACCUCAUGAAAUGUGGUUUUGGAUCAAGUUUUCUUUGAGAUUUUGUAUUUUAGUUAUUUUGUACCUUUGAAGAUUUUUUUUUAAAGUUUAUACAGCUUGAAAAAGGCUCAGCACUAAAGAACAAUUGAAAUGAUAUUUAGUACACUUAAAUUUUGUUUCCUACAGUACUGAUGAUUGAACCUGUUGCCUGACUGUGCUAGGUAAUUGCUUCACCCUGGAGCUGUCCCCCAGCUUGCUUGACUAUGCAGACUCAGAUCUUGAAAUUACUCUGUUCCCAGGUAGCUAUGUGCUUUCCGUAUUCCUUCUCCCUCCUUAACUUCUUGAGUAGUUUGACUAUAGACAUGUGCUACCAUUCUUGCUUCAAAAACCAUAUUUUAUGAAUUCUCUUUGCUAUGCAGCAUGGAAAAAAGUAAAUCAUUUAAUAAUCUAUGUUUUAGAAUAUAAGGUCUUUCACCAUGUAGGCUGGCAGUUUUGUUGAAUUUGUUUUUUUAUUUUUAUUCCUAUAGCUUCUUUCUAGAAGAGAGGCAAAUAAAUGGUCCUUAAAAAGUCAGUGGUUCAUAAUGAAAGGGCUGAGAUAGCUCUUCAAGGUAAAAUUGUAGUUUGAAUGAACCAUGUGACCUCUGAUAAGUCACUUGAACUUAAGUCUUGGUUAGAUUCACUGUACAUUACGUAUGUAUAUGUGUCAUUCUCAGAAAUAGUCAUUUUCAACACAGAAAAGGCAUUACCAAAUAUUGCCCCUUUUAAUGUUCAAUUUCAUUUUGCUUAGUGAUAAUACCAAAUAAUUUGAUCUAAAGUCUUUACCCAAACUGUUUUUUGUGUAUGUCUCACUUUGUUGCCAUGGCUGGCCUGGAACUCUGGAUAUAGUCCAGGCUAGCCUUGAAGUCAUAGAGAUCCUUGUGCCUUUGUGUGCCACUAUGCCUGGCCCCACCUGCUUUUUAUUCUAUGUACUGUCUAAUGUUCAUAAUAUCACAGCUAAACUGUUACUUUUAUUUAGUAUACUUCCCCCCUUUUUCCCUAUCGACUAAGGAAGGGUACUCAGUCUAGCUGAACUAUUUAAAAUACCUCUUUAGCUGGGUGUGAUGAUGCAUAACUGCAGUCCCCGAACUUGGGAGGCUGAGGCAGGGGGAUGAUCUCUGAGUUUGAGGCCAGCCUUGUUUACAGAGUGAAUUCCAGAACAGCCAGGGCUACAGGGCUGCACAUAGAAACUCUCAAAAAACAAAUUCCCUCAUGAUUUUGGUUAGACUAGCAAUUUUAAAAUAACUGGCUUAGAAAGGACAGUUGAUUCUAAAAUUUCUUUUUUUACAUUUAUCUUGAUUAUGUGAUAAAAGUUUCAUCUUUUAGUUGCUUUUUUUUUACUUUGUAAUGGUGAAUUAAUUGUGGUUUAACUUUCUUAAAACAUGCCUGCAGGUAUAGAAACCUUAAUUUUUGAGAUAAUUUGAAAUUUUGUUGUGGGAAGGAGAUACAAGGGUUUUGGAAAACCUAUUACAAAUUUUAUGUACACGAAAUGUGAAUGGAAAGUAGAAAAAAAGGAAGUCUUGCAUUUGAUUUCUUAAUCAGAAUUUUCUUUUUUUUUUUUCAGAAUUUUCUUUUUACUGUUUUCCAAUCAAGCACUUAGCAAUUCUGAAUUAAUAUUAAGCGUUUUACAUAUUUUCAUACAGUCUUGUCCUGAAAUUCUUUGUAAUUUUUUUCUUUUGCUGUGACAUUUGGGAACAAUUUUAGUUUGCUUUUAAACUGUUCACUCCUUGUGAGUGAUGGCUGAUAGUGUUAGGGCUUGGAAGCUCACUCCUGAAGUGCAGUUUUCAGGUGAUGUUCCCUACCUGAAAGCUUGUACUGAGUGAUGGGCUCCUGAUAAUGAGAUAAGGUCAGAGAGGGUUUUAGGGACAGAGUCUUAUUAUGUAGUCUAGAUUCGCCUAUAACUUGCUUUAUAGUUUAGACUGGCCUUGAACUUGAGGCUCUGUUGCCUCAGCAUCCCCAAGUGCUGAGCUUGUAGUAUGUGUCCCCAUUCCCACCCCUGGUUCCAUUCUUAAUGGUAAGAAAGGAUGAUGAGGGUAAAUUUUGCUGUAUUAUUUCAGUGUUACAUAUGUGUAUGUGCUUAAAGUGAGUGUUCUAUUUAUCUUAUUCUGCUUCUGGAACAUACUUAUAAUUUUUCUUUGCAGGCUCUUAGGAGUUUUCCUUGGCCUCUUUUCUAACUUUAAUUGUUGAUUUUCUGUCACAGUUGUCAGUACAAAACCCCUUUUUCUGACUGGCUAAAAAUAAUCCUGAGGAGAUUCAUAACUGGUUGAAUGCAUCUGUUAACACUUUCAGCCUUUUCUUUGUGGGUCAGGGACAUGGUGAAGGAAUCAGAUCAGUGUCCCUCAGGCUUUUUGUGUAGUCAGUGUUGAUUUGUGCACUCCUGUCAAUAUGUGGAGCACAUUCCUGUGUACUUAAUGGAGAUUUCGAAAACAUUCCUUUAAAAGUAACUCACUUUAGGAGAAGAUAGUCUUGUCUUUGUCUUGGGGUGAUGGGGAUGGAAUCCCAUGGCUGUGUGUAUGCCAGGCUUUGCUGUAUCCACCAGGUUAAAGGAUAGACUCACAACUUUGAUUCUUUCUCUGGGAAGUCUUUUGUGAUUUAUCACUUGCUGAUAAGUUUUACACCCUUUUGCAGAAUACUAAAAAUCUGUCUCAUGGAUGCUUGUGACUUUUCUCAUUUCUUUCCCUCUCUUUUCCUUUUUCUGUGCAGCCCCAGCCAGAGGUUUUUCUUUGAUACCUGCUCUGUACUGGGUCGGGUCACUGUGGAUGUUUGUGCUUGAUUUGCUUUCUCUCUCACUCAAGGCAGACAGCACAUAGGCACAAGCACUAUGUUUUUUUUGCAGAUCUUUAGUCACACACAGUGAUACCUGGGAUAGGUGAGGGAGACAGAAAUUCAGUAGGUUAAUAUCAGCCCAAGCAAAGGCAAAAAAAAAAUUUUUUUUUUUUUCAAAAAGUGUCAUGGAAAUAUCAAAGACCUCUUUUGUUUGUGUAGAUGUUUUGGAAUGUAAUAAUUGAAUAUGAUUUGAUUUUUCUGUCAGGUGGCCAACAUCUCUGCAUUCUUCUACCUAGCAUAUGGAGCUGAUAUGUUCUUUUGUCAGGAAUGAGGCCAUAAGCAAGCCUUAUUUAGCAAAGUGCAAAAUAUUCCUUGUUUCAGGUGGCCUGUUGUAGUGGUUACAGUUGUUUUUGCCAGGAGCUGCACUGUAGCUCUAUCUUGGAUACUAGAUCUCAUCUAUGUUUUAAUGCUUUAAUCUAUGGGGUGUAUUAAAAGGAAAUCAGACUUUGCUUUGUGUCUAGGGAUUGGUGCAGUGGUUUUGUACUUGUAGCCCGGAGAAUCAUCAUUUACAAACAUCAGUAGGUGAUGGUUGGGUAGGGGUGGGGAUGAAUGGAUGAGAAUGAACUGAUCCAUGGAUUGGGAGUACCCAGACAGGAAGUGCGCUUCAACAUUUCUAGCAGCUUUACCUGAGGUCUGCUGCCUGGUUUCUUCACCUAAGAGUUUAGAAUUGUUAGGGUACCCUAAUUCAGAGGAUUGUCCAAGCUUUUUAAAGCUGUAAUAGUGCCUUCUCUUAUACACCUGCCCUUAAACACAGGUUUUUGGGCUUUUUUUUAAUUUCUUAAUUUUGAUAGUGUACCCUCACACACUCUGAAAAAGCCAAAUUGAGCACUGUGACUUGAAUCCCUAAUCUUUUGUUGUUGUUUUGUUUUGAGAAAGGGUUUUAUUGUAUAAUCCUGCCUGUUCUGGAACUCACUAUUUAGACCAAGCUGGCCUUAAGCUCACAGAGACCAACCUGUCUCCUUGCGAAUCCCAAAAUCUUUUACACACAGAAAUCCCUAAGGUAUUAAUACAGGUAAAGAAAAGGAUGGAAUCAUAAGUAUGAAAGUAGUCAGCUAUGUACCAUAAUAGGAGCAUUAUAAGAUAUCUCUAUCAACAAAAAGGUUUUCCUGUGGAAAAGAAUUGCAAGUGCCAGAGCUGAAGUUUAAUGUAAUGUUCAAGGGAAGGUCACAUUGUUGCCCAAACCUUUUAGUUCAGGUAAUUAAAGUUGUGAUGGACUUAAGCCUUAAAAAGAGUUAAAUCUAGAACAUGAGUUCUGAAUUUAUUUUAAAAAAUGAUUUAAGUACUUUCUGCUAGAUUCUUAACUUGAAUGGCUUUAAAGCAAUGUUUUUAAAAGCACAAUGAGAAGCAAUGAUGCUGUUCUGUGUUAAAGGCUCGUUUCUGUUUCACUUUUGGGUUGUACAGUUAAUGGAUUAAAGAUCACAACACCAUGCCACUUGUGUUUGUUGUUACUGUUCUUGUAGAAGGACCUGUAGAACAGAGUGGGGCUUGGCAAGGGGAGUUGGUGACCUGGUCAGAGGUUGGGGCAGUGACAGGUCAGCUCACUUUGCCCUCCACAGUGACACUGAGCUGGUUAGCAGUAAGCUGGGUAAGUCUGUUGUCCAGCUGCCCAGAAGCAGUGUGUAGUCAUGAGAUUUGAGGUAUCUUCCCAUUUGUAACACUUGUAGUUGGCUACUUGGAGCCAAAGCCAAUUGUUAAGAGUCUCUCGAAGAGUGGGGAGGAUAGAGAGAGAGCUAUGCUGAAAGAUUUCCUCUCCACAGGUGACCAGGAAGCCAGUGGGCAAGUGGCACCAAGUUUUUCCAAUCCUGAGAACUGGGAAAGGUUUGAGUUUUUUUUUUUUUUUUUUUUUUUAAAGAGUCUCACUAUGCAGCCUUGUUAUUGUGUAGCCUUGGCUGGCCUGGAUCUCACUAUAUAGUUCAGCCUGGUUUUGAACUCACAGAGAUGUACCAGCCUCUGCCUAAAGAGUACUGGGAUUGGAGUAUGCCACUACACUGGGCUUUUUUUUUUUUUGAGACAAAAAUCUCAUGUUGCCUGUCAGAACACAGUCAUGAUGCAGAGUGAACCAGGCCUUGGGGAAUUGUGAGAGAGGCUCCAGUAAAAAAGGAGGACCUUUUAUCUCAGCUGUAUUUUGUUCCCUGGAUUGUUCUCAGACAUGAUUUCAUGGUUCUUGGGACAUACAUUUGCAAUCAAUUUAUAAGACAUUCUUGUUGGAUGUUGGGACAUAGCUAUAGAACCCAGUUUGGUGAAAGGAUAUGCUGAGUGCUGUCCUCAGUGUACUCUGAAUCUGCAUAUGGCCUUCUGCUUUGCUUUCGUGCUUUCCCAGGUAUAAUCUAUAGCACAUAGAUUGGUACAUAAAGUACAUUGGAUUGGUCUGUCCUAAAAAAGUUCUGGGAAAAGGCUGCUCUGUUAAUAUUUAAUAAGUAUUUACUGGUGUUUAUUUACAUGUUUUUUUCUGAACUCAACCUGCUUUGGAUCAUUGUAUUUAUUGUUACAUUGGUAUAUAAAAACACACUGAAACUGAAUUAAAGUCUGCAGCAUUAAA